AUGCACGAUGCUGGCACACAGCGGGACCCUGGAAGGCAUGAUGGAUCCGAAUUAAACCCUUUAUCAGUCAUUGAGAGAAGAAGAAGCCGGAGGGACUCUCAAAGGAGAAGAAAAUCUUCGAGGGAUACGCAAAAGUUACAGAAGCCUGAAAGGCAAAGGACUUAUAGUUUUUCUCCCGGUCGAAACGAUAGCAUUCGCGUGCCUAGAGACGUGCAUAGACCCUCGGUUCCUCCUUUACCUGCACAUGGUCGAGACGGAAGAGACACCACAAUUGGACUUACAGAUCAAGAGGCCGAGGGGUUAAACGAUUGGCAGAGGGUGCCAACAUUACAUAAAAGAGGUACUGCAGAACUUUCAAGGCGGAAGUCGAGUAAAAAGCGCAAGGAAGAAUUUAAUAGGGAAGAGGAAAUUAAAGCAAUGGUUUCUUUCAUGCCUAGCAGACCGGCUACAGAUGCAUCAUCAUCUGGUCGUCCCAUGAAGAGGGAUAGCAAGAGAAUGCGGACUGGAUUGAAAGGGAAUUUACAAAACCCGCGCUCCGAUAUUUCACUGCCAACGGUAGAAUCGAUGCGUUCUUCAGUAUCUUCGAAUUCCGAGCAUCAAACUUCAUGGAGAAUAUCUGCAUUGGAUGCGUUGGCACCACGCCCUACCAUUCGACAUUCCGAAAACCCUCGAUACGCGCCUGGCGUAACCGGUUUUGGUUCAGAUAGAUCCGACUCGCAAAAACGACGUAUCUUGGAUCGCAUACAUAUUCCGGAAGAAGUUCUAAAAGCCAAUAAGAGAAUUGAUGAACUUGCCGAUGAUCUAGACGCUCGAGAGCUUCGGGAGCUCAUGGAAAGAGACCAGAAGAGGCGAGAAAGAAAGAAGGUCGAUGAGAAGCUGAAGGCAGAGAGAAGGUUAGCAAGAAAGCAAGAGAAACAACAAGCCGAAGAAGCAGCUGCAGCUCGAUACGGUACACCACCACCGGAUAACAUGGAGAGGGGGGUUCUAGGAAGAGAGGUAGUAGGCUUGGGCAUUGGAACUUCCGCGGUAACCACGUCAAGCAAGAGGAGAGGAUCAGAUACCUGGGAUUCUGGAAGAGGAAAGCGACCUGCGGAUGCCUUUCUCAAAGAUUCUCCUGCGCACGAAACUCCAUUCGUCGAUGAGAACCCAACCUCUUCUUCAGAACGUUCCGUACCAUUCUUAGGAGCUGCGCAGGUUGGUACUAUCGGCAAAGCUAAUGUUUCACUACCUGCUUCACCAAAGAGCCAUCUUCGAGGGCCAUCGAAUAGUUCGCACGUGGUAAACCUAGAUAAAUCCAGGACACCUUCUCCAUCUAAAAAACAGCGAGUGGAGGCAGAACCUGCCAAGCAGCCUGUAGAAGCCAAAACUUCUCAAUCGUGGACAUCGUUCUUUAGACGAAACAAGAGACUUAGCAGGACUUCCACACCAUCCUUCUCGAACACUUCACGGGAAACAGUGCAGACCGGGCCACCACCACAUUUGGGAUAUACGCCAAUGGUUAGGCAAACAUCAAACAUCCCCAAAAGAACGAUGUCAAAGUUUAGAGAAGAUUUACCCGAACUUCCAGCUUCACCACCGGACUCUCGACUACAAUCUCCUGAGACUGAUGUCGUACCACCAAUACGAACUGCUUAUCCAGAGAAGAGAGGUAGUUUACGAAGAUCUUUGGAGGAGCAACGCAGAUACGAUACUCCAAUCAGUGUCGUGCGUUUACGGGAUAGCACACCUACAAGUGGUCACAGAUCAACAGAUGUACCUUCACCCGAACAACCUACCCUUAUCUCCCAAUCUCUUGCAUCAAUAGAUUCCGAAGGAUCAUGGCUUUCUGGAAAGAAAACAGCUUCAAAACGGGGAUCUGCACAGAUGAUAUUGUCACCAUUACGCGAUUCUGCUAGCUCUUUACAACAACGCUACAAAGAAUUAUCAGAAUCUUCAGAAGAACUUGGAAUUGCUGAAGACGAAUACUUCAGCCGUAUUACACCGGGGCCCGAGGAAGAAAUCAUGAUGAAACGUCAAUCUACCGGUCUUCCCAUGGCUUCUAGUGAUGAGGAAGAUGGAGCUAGCAUUAAAGAAAAUCCAUCUCCAGAAGAGAAGACAAAAUGGGGAGCUGUGGCAAGACAUGCUACUGUAAUUCACCGUGAACGAGCCAAAUCUCGCGAAGGACUUUUGGAUGAGGCUGCUGAAGAUUCCCCAGGCUACCGAAGAAGUAUUAGCUAUCAGGCUGAAUUCGUCAACGAGGAUAGUCCUGGUAUCAGCAGAGCUACAAGUGUUGACUUUGGACAUGUUAGAAGAAUCAGUGCUGGUAGCGCGAGACUUCUUGACAUGAAACCAAGAGCUUCUGGGGAGGCAUGA